GCAAGAAAAGCAGUUUUCAAAAGGGAGUGAUUCCAGUCCAUUCAUCAGCUGUGGAAAAUAUCUAUUAAAAUGAAUUCCAUCUUAAAGGAUAAUAUUGUGGCGCUCCUGAUCUUAAGUUGUGCAAUUCGCCUUUCGGAAUCUUUUAACGUUGGAACAUCGGGAGCUAAAGUGUUUUCUGGGCCUGUGGCUGAGCAGUUCGGUUAUACUGUGCAGCAGUUCACAAACCAUCAAGGCAAAUGGCUCCUAGUUGGAUCUCCCUGGAGUGGACACACACAGAACCAGAAGGGGGAUGUUUACAAGUGUGAAAUCACAGGGGCCAAAACCCAGUGCGAUAAACUCAACCUGCAGGAUUCUGUCAGUAUUCCCUCAGUGAGAAAUAUUAACACCAACAUGAGUCUUGGUAUGACUCUCACUCCGCUGCCCAAAUCCGAUGGAUUUAUGACAUGCGGUCCGCUCUGGGCCCAGCAGUGUGGGAGCCAGUACUUCUACCCUGGAAUCUGCACUGAAGUGAAUCCUGUCUUCAGUCCUGUGAAAUCGUUCUCCCCUGCCAUCCAGACCUGUGGGGGUCCAAUGGAUAUUGCACUUGUUCUGGAUGGAUCUAAUAGCAUUUGGCCAUGGGAGCCAAUUGUAGAUUUUCUCAUGAAAUUGUUGCCAACCUUAGACAUCGGCCCAGAUAGUACACAGGUGAGCAUUAUUCAGUAUGCAGUCAACCCAUCUUUUGAGUUCAAACUGAAUACGUACAAAACCAAAGAGGAGGUCAUCAGGGCUGCCUCAGUGAUAACUCAAAUGCAUGGAGGUGAAACAAACACUUUCAGUGCCAUUGACUUCACCAGGAGGUGGGCUUUCCUCCCAAUGAAUGGGGGUCGGCCUGGGGCAGCUAAAGUGAUGGUGGUGGUCACAGAUGGGGAGUCUCACGACAAAGAAUUCAGGGAGGAGGCCAUCGCAAAGUGUGAGGAGAAAGGAAUCACCCGCUUUGGCAUAGCUGUACUUGGCUAUUAUAUACGAAAUGAUAUUGACACCAGAAACCUCAUCGCAGAGAUCAAGUCGAUUGCCAGUGCACCUGCAGAGAAGUUUUUUUUCAAUGUCUCAUCAGAAGCGGCUCUGUCAGAGAUCGCAGGAACGCUUGGGGAUAGAAUCUUCAACAUUGAAGGGACGGGGAAAGGUGGAGAUAAUUUUCAGAUGGAAAUGUCUCAGGUUGGAUUCAGCGCUCACCGUUCCAGCACAAAGGAUGUCAUGAUGCUGGGAGCCGUGGGGGCUUAUGAGUGGAGUGGGACGGUCGUCCACCAAACCGGGCAGAAUUUCAACAUUUUCCCGAGGAAGUCAUUUGAGAAAAUCCUAGAGGACAGUGGCCACAGUUCAUUACUGGGCUACUCAGUGACCACACUGAAUGACCACGGUUCAGUGUACUAUGUAGCAGGUGCCCCUCGAUCCAACCAUUCUGGUCAAGUCAUUGUGUACACCAUGGACACCCAACAGCAGCCUCGCAUCAUUGACUCAGAAAGAGCAGAACAGAUCGGUUCCUAUUUUGGCAGCGUGUUGUGUCCCCUGGACGUGGAUAAAGACAGUGUGACAGACAUCCUGCUGGUUGGAGCUCCCAUGUUCAUGACGGAACAGAAGAAGGAGGAGGGGAGAGUAUACCUCUACUCUGUCACCAAGGGCAUUCUUAAUGGGCAGGGCUUUCUGGAUGGACCAUCUACCUCGGAGAAUGCUCGUUUUGGGAUGGCCAUCUCCGCCGUGCCAGACCUCAACAUGGAUGGCUUCAACGAUGUCGCCGUGGGAGCACCAUUGGAGGACAGUGGCAGGGGUGUCAUUUACAUCUACAAUGGAGACAGGAAGACCAUUCAGAGGCAGCAUUCACAGAAAAUUAUGGGGGCGAAUUUAGAUUCCAAACUGCAAUAUUUUGGAAGGUCUUUGGAUGCCAGUAGUGAUCUGAAUGAUGAUACCAUUCCGGAUGUCUCUGUUGGUGCCUAUGGCAACGUGGUUCAGCUCUGGUCCAGAGGGCUGGCAAAAGUAGAAGUAAGGGCCACUUUCAUGCCCAACAAGAUCAGCAUCCUCAGUAAGGCCUGCAAUAUCAAUGGGAGGCAGGUCUCCUGUUUCCAUACUAGUGUCUGUUUCAGUGCACUGUUCAGGCCUAAAACACCCGUGGGACCUCUUGCAAUAACAUACAACCUCACUCUUGACGCCGAUCUGGAGUCAUCCCGAGUGAGCUCGCGAGGCCUGUUCAGCAAAAACAAUGAACGGACUCUGCAGAAAGACAUACAGAUUUCCACCAAGGACAUAUGUGAAGACUACCAGGUUUAUGUUCAGGAAGCUCCUGACUUUGUUAACUCCAUCAGUCUGAGAGUUGAUAUCGGCCUUCAGAAGUCAGAUGCCAAUCCUGUCCUGGAUGUUCUGGCCCCUAGCGCCUGGGAGUUCUUUAUUCCCUUCUCUAAGGAAUGUGGCUCUGAUGAGGUGUGCAAGAGCGACCUGGUGUUAAAUGUGAAGACUGGAACGGGGGUGCCAAGCAAGCGCCCAAUGCUUGUCAGCUAUAACAACAGAAGACUCUCCUUUGACGUCACCAUGAGCAACAGGAAGGAGAAUGCCUACAAUGCUCGAAUCACGGCCACAUACUCCAAAAACAUGUUUUUUGCCUCGGUAACUCCACCGAGGGAUGAGACAGAGGUCAAAUGCACCUCGGUCAGAGAGACUCGUGUGCUGUCCUGUCAGGUCGGUUACCCAGCACUCAAAAAGGACCAGCAGGUUAAUUUCGGAAUCAACUUUGACUUCAAUCUGGACCAGCUGCAGGACACGGCAAUUGUUAACUUCGAGGCAAAAAGUGACAGCAGAGAGGAGACCCCAGCAAACAACAAAGCUGACAUUUCCAUUCCUGUGCAGUAUGACUCUGGAAUAAUUCUGACAAGGGAAACUAAUAUUAAUUUUUAUGUGGUGGAUGAGAAUAACAAAGUAAAGACCAUGGUGAAGAAUUUCGACGACAUUGGUCCAGAGUUCAAUUUUACGCUGAAAGUUUCCACUGUGAACUUUCCGGUCAGUCUGGCCUACCUCACUGUGUCUCUACCAGUGAAAACCAAAGGAGGUAACCCACUGCUGUACGUGACUGGACUCAGCACCAAAUUGGGCGGUGACGUGACCUGCGAGACGAACAGGCUGAUCGACCCACUGCAGAUCGGCAAGAAGCCCUCCACUGCCUCCUUCUCCCACGAAAGCUUCAGAGGGGUGGAGGAGCUGGACUGCAAAAGCGCCAAGUGUGAGUCCAUGAAAUGUGUGCUUAAAGGCAUGGGCAUGAAGAGUGCUUAUUUUGUGAACGUUACCACAAGAAUUUGGAACGGCACAUUUGCCUCUUCGUCCUUCCAGUCCAUCAAGCUUACUGUGCGAGCUGAGGUAGAAACAUCACAGCCUGACCUGCUGGUCAUUGCCAACAAGCUGUUGCCGGUGAAAAUAACAAUCACAAAGCCAAGCCAGAUGGGAGAGGUGCCCAUUGGUGUAAUCGUGGGCAGUGUGUUAGGGGGCCUGCUCUUAUUGGCUGUUGCAAUUUUACUACUAUGGAAGUUUGGCUUCUUUAAGAGCAAAUACGAGCAGCUGCGGAAGGAGGCAGAGGAGGCAGGGGAAAACGGGGAGGCACAGGGGAACGGGGCAUAAGUUCCAGAAGGCAGGCAGAGACGAACACCCUGCAACUGCAGGUGGAACCCAAGCCAGGGACCAUCUUUCAAAAUGGAGACUACGCACUCUGCAUUCCUCCCUGGUUGGACUAAGGAGUUCCUGUGAUGGAACAUUAGGUUCAACAAUCCCAGGACAGAACUAUCAAUGCAAAGUCUGAACCGGACAUCUUGCCAUCUUGGCACCACUGACACAAUAUGUUGUCCAAUCUUAUUUAUCACAGGGAGGGAAAAAAAAGGGAAUUCAAUUUAUCAGGAUGUGUUCAGCAGUAAGACACUUGGACGCUAUAUGGCCCCCACAUUUUGUCGGACCAUUUAUCGCUGGGUCUUUGGGACAAACACCUGAAGACAGAAAGGCCUGGGUUGUGCAAAGGAAGUCAAUUCCUAUCAGGAAGUGCAGUGGCAAUGGCAAGAUGAGGUGUGUCACACUGUCCCAGGUAUACCUUUAUGUCUUCCUGAAAGCACCUUAAAGAAACAGAAUGUGUCUCCUCCUUGCUCAUGGUGCAAAAGUUUUCAGGCUUAUUAUCAGAAGAUUUGUUUUCUGCCUUCGUUCUCUAUUAGUUUUACUACUAUAGUGUUUCUGCCAUACACUGAAUUUACAUCAGGCAAUCAUCAAUCAGGUGGACUGUUGCGAUGGUUAUGGAAAUCAAUUUUUUGGUGAAUCAGCUAGUGUUAUGACUGCAAAUCUUCAA